AUGGAUACUGAAAAGGUUAUUAGCGAGCAAAAUGUGAUCCUUGAAGAUCUUCAAAAACUCAAGGAUAAGUUCUCCAAGGAAGGGCCUUCUCGUCGUGCAAAAAAGGGUAUUGCCUACUAUGAUGAGAUCCUGAAGGAAUUAUCCUCCGAUUGGCAGGACUUCACGAACAAUCAUUCUGAUUUGGUACAACACGCGUCAAUAGAUGAUUCGUACUUUAAAAGUGACACGUAUAAUGCUGGCAAAGCGUUAUUUGACAAAGUAAGAACAAUGGUGCAAACAGCCAAGAUCACUGAUUUCGCUUCAGAUACGAAAACCGUGCCACCUAUGUUGAGAAGUCAAGACACAAACCGUGUUGAAGCUCCUCAAACUCUUACCGACCUUCCUCAAGCUGACCCACAUCCACAACGGCGUUCACUUGGUAAUCGCCUACGCCAACUUCUUGUGGACAUUCAAGAUGAUGAGGAAUUGGAAAACAAUUCUACAGAGUGGAAUCGUUCAAACAAUUUACCAAGGCUGCCUCCAGUGCAGCUUAUGAAGUUUUCCGGAAAUGACGAGGAUUGGCAAAGCUUCAUUGAACUUUUCACCAGCGUCAUUCAUAACAAUCCAUCGCUCAGCGGUGUACAAAAAAUGCAAUAUCUUGCUGCUCAACUAGAGGGGCAGCCAAAACGGCUGAUCGCGCGUCUUACACUCACAAAUUCCAAUUAUGAGAGCGCACUCAGCAUUUUGAAGGAACGAUAUGAAAACAAGCGUCAUAUGGUCAUGAGUUACAUGAACUCUAUUGUGCACUAUAAAAGACUUUCAAGUGGAUCAGCUGAAGACGUUAUCAAGUUACAUGAUUGUAUUAAUGCAUGUCUGGAAGUUCUGAAAAAUCUGGGUUACAAUGUCACCUCCUGGGAUCCCAUGAUUGUUGCUAUCGCUAUGAUGAAAUUCGAUACUGAAACCAACCAAUCAUUUGAAGAAAGCAUUGAUGACAUUAAUUCAGUGCCGACAGUAAAAGAACUUCUUAAAUUUCUCCUCAAGAGAUUUCGCGUUUUACGCACAACAUCAAAAGACUCUCAAUAUUCAAAGGAAAAUAAGAAGAAAUCUUUCCAUGUCAUCGCCACUCACUCGAACUCCUGCUCCAAAUGCAAUAAAAAUCAUCCAUUGAUCAAGUGCUUCUCAUUCAAAAGGCUGGAUCCCCAGGAGAGAAAGCAACAUGCAGUUAAUAACAAUCUCUGCUUCAAUUGUCUCUCCCAUGACAAGAAUGAGAAAUGUCAAAGCACUAAAUCUUGCUUCAAGUGCAAUAAAAAGCAUCAUACUUUGCUCCACAUUGAACAAAAACGAAAUUCUGAUAAAAAAGAGACAUCCAAGGCUACUUAUUCAAAAGAUUCUAAAGAAGCAAAAUCAGAGGAGCAAGUUAAAUCGAAUGAUGGAGCUGUAGCUUUUCAUGUAAACACCAGCUCAGUUGUACUCCCAACAGCUCAAGUAAAAAUUCAAGAUCGUCAUGGCAUUUGGCAAACAUUUAGGGCAUUACUCGACACUGGAUCGGGAGACACCUUUAUUUCUGAAGACGCAGCACAAAUGCUCAAACUUCCAAGACAGAAGGUCAUUACCUCAAUCAAGGGCAUAGGAGAAGUUAAUGCCGGAGUUUGCAAAUCGACAGUAGAUAUUACAAUAGCUUCACGCAUUCAAUCCACUCAAAAAUGGCAUACAACUGCUCUUAUUUUACCAAAGUUGUCGUCUUUCUUACCAACAAAGCCUAUUUCAUCCAGUUUUUCUCUACAUUUAACUGAGAAAAUUGUUUUGGCGGAUCCCAAAUUCAACAUUCCAGGAAGUAUCGAUCUCAUCAUCGGGACUAACAUAUAUGCCCAGAUCGUUAAGACCAAUCUCAAAAGGGAUCAAAAUGGACUUAUUGCUCAAGACACAGAACUAGGAUGGAUAAUUUUAGGCAGUACCGUCAACCCACGUUCCACCAAGGAAGUAAUCAGCAUGAUCUCCGUUGCUGAAAUCGAUCGCUCUUUAAAACAAUUUUGGGAGAUAGAUGUGGAUGACACCACGGCAGAACAGCAGAAAGAAGAAUGUGAGUUACAUUUUGCAAAUACACAUUCCAGAGAACCCGACGGUCGUUAUCAAGUGCGCCUGCCUUUCAAAAGGAACGCUGAUAUUGAGCUUGGAGAAUCUCGUAACCAAGCUCUUGCACGUUUUUUGUCCAUGGAGAAAAAGUUCACAAAAGAUCAAGCAUUGAAAACUGAAUAUUCCAACUUCAUGAGAGAAUAUCUUGAACUCGGGCACAUGUCUCCGGUGCCAAAUUUUUCCGGCCCAUCCAAUAUGGUUUACUAUUUACCUCACCAUGCCGUUUUUAAGGCUGAUAGUACAACCACCAAAACUCGCGUGGUUUUCGAUGCAUCAGCUAAAACGUCCUCUGGUGUUUCAUUGAAUCAGAUGUUGCAUACGGGACCCAAACUGCAACAAGACUUGCCGCUCAUCCUGACAAGAUGGAGAAAAUAUCAAUUCGUCUAUACCGCAGAUAUCGAAAAAAUGUUUCGACAAAUCACUCUUCAUAAGAAUGAUAGGGACUUCCACCGAAUAUUGUACAGAGAUAAUCCUCGGGAACAAAUUCAAGAAUUCCAGCUGAAUACCGUCACCUAUGGUACCGCCCCAGCAACAUACCUAUCUGUACAAACUCUUCACCAACUUGCAGCAGAUGAAGGUCAUCAAUAUCCAGCAGCAGCGAAAGUUCUUAAAAAUGACUUCUACGUGGACGACAUGCUCACGGGAACACAUACUGUUGAGGACGCGAGGCAAUUGCGCUCAGAUAUAAUUGCACUAAUGACAAAGGGACAAUUAAAUCUUCGUAAAUGGACAAGUAACUCCAAAGCUCUGAUGGCUGACAUUCCAGAACAUCUCAGAGAAAAGGGUGUGAUUCAUCUCAUGGAAGAUGAAGUAAUAAAAUCACUUGGUGUGUAUUGGAGUCCAAUCAAUGAUGUUUUCCAAUUCACCAUCUCAGUCAAGGAACGUUCUGUAUUCACAAAAAGAGAGAUAGUCUCAGAAGCUGCAUCUAUUUUUGAUCCUACUGGAUGGAUUGCUCCGGUAAUUCUUCGUGCCAAGCUUAUCAUUCAACUUCUCUGGAAAGAAGAUAUUUCCUGGGAUGAAAGGCCACCUGAGUGGAUCAUCAGAAUGUGGAAGGACUUUCGUGAAGAUAUAGUCAACAUCGAAAAAUUGCGGAUUGCAAGAUGGACGAAUUAUACCCCUGAGGUCGAAAUAGAGAUACAUGGCUUUGCGGAUGCUUCCGAGAAGGCUUAUGCAGCCUGCGUCUACAUGAGAACAACAAGCAAAGAUACAAUCAAUGUGCAUCUUCUUACAACAAAAACUCGUGUAGCUCCACUCAAGGGUAAAGUCUCACUCCCCAGAUUAGAAUUGUGCGCAGCACUCUUACUAGCCAAUCUGAUGAAAAUAAUUAUCGAGGGUCUAGACAUCAAGAUUGAUGCCAUCUACGCAUGGUCGGACAGCGAGAUUACUCUCUCCUGGAUCAAGAGGGAUGCAGCCACUUGGAAUACAUAUGUGGGAAAUCGCGUCUCCAAGAUUCAUCAAGCCUUGCCCAAAGACGUUUGGGGACAUGUUGUGUCGGAAGAUAAUCCGGCAGAUGUUGCCUCAAGGGGUAUCUCUGCGAAACAGCUGUGUAAACACGAACUCUACUGGCGGGGCCCAAGCUGGCUACGCCAUCGCCAUGAUUCGUGGCCUUCCAACAACAAAGAUGACCAAUUAGCCAUGAUUGAGAAGGAAAUGUUAAAGGCUUCCGGGGCAUACUUCUCUCACGGGAUGAUGGUAUCUGAGGCACAUGCUGCAGAAGCUUUUGACUCCAUAGCUGAUCCACCAAAUAAAACUGAAGUUUUCCUCAACAAAUCUUCAUCGUUUAGCAAGUUAAUUAUCGUCAUAGCGCUUUUGUUGAGAUUUAUUGUGAAUUUCAAAAAAUCACCAGAGGAAAAGAUUAAAGGAAAUUUAACUUCUGAAGAACGACGUAAGGCAAGACUUCAAAUUAUCAGAAUGGUUCAAGGAAUACAUUUUGCAGACGAAAUCCAAGCUCUACGUAACAACAGACCUCUUGCUAAGAAUAGUAAGAUUAAAGACCUCAAUCCAUUUCUGGAUGAAGGCAUAAUCAAAGUAGGUGGGCGAAUCGCCAAUUCUCAAUUAUCAUCUUCGGCGAAGAACCCUAUACUACUCCCAAAAUGUCACACAACUGAAACAAUAAUCCGUGAAAUCCACAAUGAAAUGUUGCAUGCUGGAGCUCAGUUAACCUUAAACCAGAUACGCACACAAUAUUGGAUUUUGAAGGGCCUCAGUUAUGUUAAAAUGGUUCUAAGACAGUGUGUGAAAUGUGCUAAGUGCAAAGCAGUUUCCAACACACAGCUCAUGGGUAGUCUCCCUACCUCCAGAGUUACUCCAGCUCCCGCCUUUUCUCGCUGCGGCAUAGAUUAUGCUGGACCAAUUAUCACUAGAAGGAACAAAGGAAGGGGUAACAUCAACGAGAAAUCUUAUAUCGCAGUAUUUGUGUGCCUAGUAACAAAAGCGAUACACCUCGAAGCAGUCACUGAUCUAAGUACUGAGGCCUUCCUUGCAGCACUUCGACGGUUCAUCGCUAGGAGAGGCAAGCCAACUAAGAUUAUGAGCGACAACGGCACCAACUUCGUGGGCGCUAGGCGUGUAUUGGAUCAAGAAACCGCGCUGGCAAUCAAACAAGCCACGCAAGAGGCCAUACCAAAACUUGCUCAAGAGGAAAUAGAUUGGACAUUCAUUCCUCCAGGAGCUCCCCAUUUUGGUGGGCUUUGGGAAGCUGCCGUUAAAUCUGUUAAAUAUCAUUUAAUCAGAGUUAUUGGGCUCACCAAACUCACUUUCGAAGAAUUGGCCACUUUAUUAACUCAGAUCGAGGCCUGCGUUAAUUCAAGACCUAUCGCUCCCAUAUCAGAUGAUCCGAAUGAUUUGGAAGCACUUACGCCUGGUCAUUUCUUAAUUGGUAGGGCACUCACCUCGCCUCCCCAAGUCGAUCAAGCUGAUCUCAAUCUCUCGAGCAGAUGGAAACAAGUAACCAAGUUGCACCAUCAACUUUGGAAAAGAUGGUCGCUCGAGUAUUUAACUACACUUCAGCAGAGAACUAGAUGGAGAGUGAAAAAGCAGACGCCAAGAAUCGGGGAACUGGUCUUGUUAAAAGAAGAUAACACCCCGCCACUUACAUGGGCUUUAGCGAGGGUGACAGAACUUCAUCCUGGAGCAGACGGGCUAGUACGAGUUGUCACAAUCAGGCUUAAGGGACAGAAAACAAAACAAGCACCAAUUCAUAAAUUAGUCAAACUUCCUAUUGCCAUAGAAAACGAGGCUGAGCAGAUGAUGUCACAACCAGAAAUGUCCACCCAACCAUCCAACACUGAAGUAUUAAAUGAAGACUCAUCCACGGAAAACCAAUCGUCACAUAAUGAAGUAACACCAUCGCGCCAAACCGGAGCUAUUCCCAGACGUCCAGUUACUCGAUCUAUCACCAAAGCGAUAAUCGAGACGAAGGUAUAUGAAUUGAUUCAUCUAACACCUAUACCGAGUCAUCUUUAUAACAACACGUUCGCACUACAAGACAUCAAUAGUUCGCUAAUGGGAGUGGACUAUCAUGAUCAGCGAUACCUUGUCAUGAAAGACUCUGAUCUGGAACGAUGUCAAACGUUGCAGCCUGGUGAAUACAUUUGCGAAGCAGACAUAGUAUAUGAGCUAUCCCAACAUCCUUCCUGUGCCAUUGAUGAAGUAUUUAGCAGACAUGAAGGGGAAAUCUGUCCUACCAAGAAGGUUGCUGUAAAGCAGAUUAUCUGGAAAAGGUUGUACAGUGAGAACACUUGGUUCUUCAUGGCAGAACGACCAACAUCAAUAGCCAUUCUGUGCAGUGGAUCUCGAGAGGAACUUCUGCUGAAUACUACGGGCAUUCUGCAAGUGAGGAGGAAUUGUUUUGUCAAAACAAAGGCGCUUACAUUGAGGGCCAGCAUCACCAUGAACUAUCAAGUUAAUGAUAUGUUCAGUCGUUCCAUCUUGUUCUCUGAAAUCAACACUACAGAGUUCAGGGAACAAUCACCACUUACUUUACAAUCAUCAACCAUCAUCAGAAGUUCUGAAGAUAUCUUUGAAAAGGUUGCUCAACCAGUACCUACCGUGAUUCCAUUGAUGUUAUCUCCAACGCCUAGGAACACUACAUCCUACUCCAUAGGAGGGAUAGUUAUAUCCAUUAUCCUGAUCAUCAUUUUAUGGAAGACACGACAAUGUUGGUUGAAACCACUACAGAAGAGUUGCUCAAGCAGACCAGCAAGGGAGCAGUCACCAGAUGCACAACAAGAAGCAGAUAACGCAUCAACCUACACCCUGCCUUUAUCCCACCGGUUGCGGCGUAUUCUACGAAGAAGUGAGAAUAACAAGCAGCAGUCCGGCGGCCCCCAAGAUGUUCCGGACGAGGAACAUUUUUAA